AUGGAGAGCCCGUACAUUGUCAAGCUACUGGGUGCGAGCUGGCGGACACCUUCCGAGCUCGAGAUGGUGCUCGAGUGGAUGGACAAGGGCGACCUCCGCAGCCUCUUGCAGGCCACAGCCCCGUCGAUUCCGGACGACGCCGCCCACACAUUCUACUGGGACGAGAAAGCGGCCUGCAUGCUGUCGAUCGCCGAAGGUCUCGUCUACAUGCACACGAUGAACAUCAUCCACCGCGACCUCAAGUCCCGAAACAUCCUCCUCGACGCUAUCAAGGGAACCAAGCUCACGGAUUUUGGCGUCUCGAAGGAGAUGACGACCGAGACCAUGACGAUCGGAGUUGGCACGUAUCGGUGGAUGGCACCCGAGGUUCUCCAGGAGUGUUACUACUCGACGUCGGCCGACAUUUACUCGUUCGGAAUGGUGCUCUCGGAGCUCAGCACCCACGACAUCCCGUACGCCGACGUUCGCUCCGAGAACGGCCAUCCGCUUGUGGACACGGCCAUCAUGUCGCGCGUGAUCCAAGGGACAAUCUCUCCAUCGUUUGUGGCGUCGACACCGAUAGCACCGCCCGACAGCCAUUGA